ACACACACAGAGAGAAACAAAAGAAAAACAAAACCCUCUUUCUUUUCUUCUCAACUCUCGACCUCGUCCUUCUCCUUCUCCUUCUCCUUCUCCAUGAAAGAGCACUGAAACGACACCGUCUUAACAACUAAGGAAUUAUGUCUCAGAAGCCUCACCUGCAACUCAAGGAGCUGGGAUCCAAGCUCGACACCCUUCCCUCCUCCAAAGACGCUCUCAUCAAGCUCUUGAAGCAAGCAACCACAUGCCUUGCUGAGUUGGAUCAGUCAACUUCAACUUCAGAAAUGGAGUCAAUGAAGCCCUUUAUUGAUGCAAUUGUCAAGCCAGAAUUGCUGAAGCACCAAGAUAGGGAUGUCAAGCUUCUUCUUGCAACAUGUGUUUGUGAGAUAACUCGGAUCACCGCACCUGAAGCUCCUUAUAGUGAUGAUAUUCUAAAGGACACCUUUCAAUUGAUUGUGGGUACUUUUAGUGGUCUAAGUGAUACCAAUGGUCCAUCCUUUGGCCGGAGAGUUGUUAUAUUGGAGACUCUUGCAAAAUAUAGAUCCUGUGUUGUAAUGUUGGAUCUUGAAUGUGGUGAUCUGGUGAAUGAAAUGUUCAGUACUUUCUUUGCGGUUGCCAGAGAUGAUCACCCAGAAAGUGUUCUGUCAUCCAUGCAAACGAUCAUGGUAGUUCUCUUAGAAGAGAGUGAGGAUGUCCGUGAGGAUCUUUUAUUUAUUCUGCUAUCUACAUUAGGUCGUGAAAAAAAAGGUGUUACUAUGGCUGCAAGGAGGCUUGCUAUGAAUGUCAUACAGCAAUGUGUAGGAAAACUUGAAUCCAGCAUUAAACAAUUUUUGCUAUCGUUAAUGUCUGGGGAGAGCAAACCAGUGAACAGUCAAGUUGAAUACCAUGGAGUUAUCUACGAUCUAUAUUGCUGUGCUCCUCAAGUCCUGUUUGGAAUUCUUCCUUAUGUGACUGGAGAGCUUCUGAGUGACCAGCUGGAAACCCGUUUGAAAGCAAUGAACUUGGUUGGUGAUAUAAUUUCUGUUCCUAGAUCUUCCAUUCCUGAAGCAUUCCAGCCUAUAUUUUCAGAAUUUUUAAAGAGGUUGACUGAUAGAGUUGUUGAGGUUCGCAUGUCUGUCCUUGAGCAUGUAAAGAACUGUCUGUUGUUAAAUCCUUCAAGAGCUGAAGCUCCUCAAAUAAUAUCUACCCUUUGUGAUCGGCUACUGGAUUUUGAUGAAAAUGUUCGAAAGCAAGUCGUGGCUGUUAUAUGUGAUGUGGCAUGUCAUGCCCUAAAUGCAGUUCCUCUUGAAACUGUGAAACUAGUUGCGGAACGGCUUCGUGAUAAAUCUCUGCUUGUUAAAAAGUAUACGAUGGAGAGAUUGCCUGAAAUGUAUAGAGUUUUUUGUGAGAAGAGCGGUGAUUUAGUCAAUCCCAAUGAAUAUGACUGGAUUCCCGGCAAGAUCCUUAGAUGUUUCUAUGACAAAGAUUUUAGAUCUGAUAUAAUUGAAUCUGUUCUGUGUGGGUCCCUGUUUCCGGUAGAGUUUUCAAUUAGUGAUAUUGUUAAACAUUGGGUUGGGAUUUUCUCUGGAUUUGAUAAAGUGGAGGUCAAGGCUCUUGAAAAGAUACUCGAGCAGAAACAAAGGUUGCAGCUAGAGAUGCAGAAGUAUCUGUCUCUGAGGCAGAUGAGUCAGGAUAAAGAUGUUCCCGAUGUCCAAAAGAAGAUUCUUUUCUGUUUCAGAGUAAUGUCCCGUUCAUUUGCUGACCCCAUGAAGGCCGAAGAGAAUUUCCAGAUUCUUGAUCAAUUAAAAGAUGCUAAUAUCUGGAAGAUAUUAACAAAUCUUGUUGAUCCAAACACUGGCUUCCAUCAAGCUCGUGCCUACCGGGAUGAUUUGCUUAAAAUACUUGGCGAGAAACAUCGUCUCUAUGAAUUUCUGAAUACUUUCUCUGUGAAGUGCUCCUAUUUGCUCUUCAACAAGGAGCAUGUGAAAAUAAUUCUUUUAGAAAUACUAGCUCAAAAAUCUGCAGAGAAUGCUCGGCGUACACAGUCUUGCAUGAAUAUAUUGGUGAUAAUUGCUCGUUUCAGUCCUUUGCUUCUUAGUGGCAGUGAGGAGGAACUGGUGAAUUUACUGAAGGAUGAUAAUGUUAUUAUUAAAGAGGGUAUUUUGAAUGUUUUAGCAAAGGCUGGUGGUACUAUUCGCGAACAACUUGCAGUCACAUCAAGUUCUGUAGACCUUAUACUGGAGAGACUAUGUUUAGAAGGUAGCCGGAGACAGGCCAAGUAUGCUGUCCAUGCACUGGCUGCAAUAACAAAGGAUGAUGGCCUCAAGUCUCUCUCUGUUCUAUACAAGAAACUUGUAGAUAUGCUGGAGGAGAAAACACAUCUUCCUGCAGUACUGCAGUCUCUGGGGUGUAUAGCACAGGCUGCAAUGCCUGUCUUUGAAACUAGAGAGAGUGAGAUUGUAGAUUUUAUAACAAACAAGAUUCUGAAAUGUGAUAGUAAAGAAGAUGACACAAGAGCAUCCUGGGAUGAUAAAAGUGAUCUUUGUAUGUUGAAGAUAUAUGGCAUUAAAACCUUAGUAAAGAGCUAUUUGCCUGUCAAAGAUGCUCAUGUUCGUCCUGGUUUUGACAGUCUUCUGAAUAUCCUUGGGAACAUAUUAUAUUAUGGUGAAAUAUCAAAGGACCUGCAAUCAAGUUCAGUUGAUAAGGCCCAUUUGAGGCUGGCUUCUGCAAAGGCAGUUCUUCGUUUGUCAAGGCUUUGGGAUCAUAAGAUACCUGUUGAUCUUUUCCACUCAACAUUAAGGGUAUCUGAGGUUAGCUUCCCUCAAGCUAAGAAGGUGUUCUUAAGUAAAGUUCACCAAUAUAUUAAAGACCGCCUUUUGGAUGCCAAAUAUGCUUGCGCCUUCUUAUUCAACAUAUUUCGAUCCAAGCCUGAGGAGUUUGCAGAGGAUAAACAGAACCUGGCUGACAUUAUUCAAAUGCAUCACCAGGCAAAGGCACGGCAACUUUCUGGGCAAUCAGAUGUGAAUUCCUUGACCCCUUACCCUGAAUACAUCCUACCAUACCUUGUCUUUGCACUUGCUCACAACUCAUGUCCCAAUGUUGAUGAGUGCAAGGAUGUUGGAGCAUAUGACAAUAUAUACCGGCAGUUACACUUAAUACUUUCAAUGCUACUGCAAAGAGAUGAAGAUGCCAAGUCAGAAGUUAUUACUAACAAAGAGAAGGAAAUUAUAUCUACUAUCACGUCAAUAUUUCAGAAUAUCAAGCAUUCUGAAGAUGUGGUUGACACAUCAAAGUCAAAGAAUUCUCAUGCAAUAUGUGACCUUGGGUUAGCAAUAACCAAACGACUAGUGGCGAAGGAUGUUGAUUUACAAGGAUUGUCUCAUUUGGUUUCUCUACCUCCAAUGCUAUACAAAGCAUCUGAGAAGAAGGAAGGAGAGGACACUCUGGCAAGUGAAGUGAAAACCUGGUUGGCUGACGAGAGUGUCUUGAGUCAUUUUGAAUCUCUUGAACUAGAAAUGGUUCCAUCCCAAUUAGUUGAGGAUGAAGGUUCAAAGGAUGAUGAAAUAGAGGGAAAUGAAAUGCCUCUAGGGAAGAUGUUAAAGCACAUAAAAUCUAAGGGAACCAGUGGCAAAAAGUUGAAAAAGAAUAAGUCUGUGCCAGCUGAAACGAAGAAUGCUGAAAAUGAUUUUGAUAUCUUAAAUAUGGUCAGACAAAUUAACUCGGACAACGUGGGGACAUCUACCAAUUUUGAACCAAGUAAUGGUCAUGAACAUUCUUUGAUUAAGAUGGAUCCAGAGUAUGCAACAGCAAAAAAAAGAAAAGCUGGAGAAACAACACCUGUUCCAGUGCCUAAACGUAGGCGGUCUUCCACUACUCAUGGAAAAUUGAGAUUAUCAACUAGUACUUCAAAGGCUUCUCGAAGAGUUUCAGGAGAAGACUCCUCUGGAGCUGAAUUACUGUUGGAUGCAGAAGUUAACUCUGACACAGAUAGCAAAACCAUGCAUGGAAAAAUGGUCAAAGGCAGUGAUAAAGACCCGCUAGUGUCCUCGUUAAAACAUAAAGUUAAGGGCUCUGACAGCUAUCAUGAUGAUGAGUCAAAUAAACCUGAUGAGCAUGACAUGAAGAGUCCUGAUAAUUUAAAACGAAGUGUUAAGACUGCAAGUAACAAUUCCAAGUCAUCGGGAUCUACUAAAAAGUGGAAAAGAAAAAGCAUUUCAGGAUUGGCUAAGUGCAUAACAAAGGGAGGCGAAAUUGAUACUGAAGAUCUAAUUGGUUGUAGAAUUAAAGUUUGGUGGCCUAUGGAUAAGAAAUUUUAUGGAGGCACUGUUAAGUCUUAUGACCCUUCAAAAGGGAAGCAUGUGAUAUUAUAUGAGGAUGGAGAUGUUGAAAUACUCCGUUUGGAAAAGGAGCGCUGGGAACUUAUUGACAAGGGUCGAAAAUCUACUAAGGUCUCUGGGCAAAAACGUAAAGGUUCAAGUGGCUCACCAAGUAAAAAGACCAAAAAAAUUAGAGUUAAUGGCAAACAAUCUCCCAGCAAGCCUGUAAAACGUGGACAAAAACGUGCAUCAAAAAGUAAUUUUCGUCAAGAGGAUGCCAAAGAGACUUCUGAGAUAUCAAAUCCUGAAGAGACCACGACCUCCAAAGUUGAUGAGAUGAACUCAGGUGGUUCAGAAGAGGAACUGGCCGAAGGGUCCGAUGAGAUCACAACAAAGGAGAAGAAAUCUAACGGGAAAGUAAGAUCAGUUUCCAGAGGAAAGAGGCUUAAGAAAGAGAAGAGCUGGAGUUAUACGGAAGAAUCAGAUGAAGAGAAGCAGGAUUAUGGUGAGAGGCUUUCUGAAGAUAGAUUGAGUGUCCCACAAGGUAUUUCAGAAGAGAGAGAAGUGGAUGAAUCAAGUGAAGCUUUGAGAGAAAAUGCUAAUGGAGAAGAAGAAUCAGAUUCUGAAGAGCAUCAAGAUAACUGCAAUGAAAAGGCUAGUCCUAGAGAAAUGGAGAAAUCACAUAUAGAGUCAUCAAGUCCUGAUGGUGCCAGGAUUGCUGAGAUUUCUGACGAUGUGCCUCUGUGCAAAUGGAAGCAUCGGACGGGGAAGAAAAGCUCAGGGAAAAAACGAUGAGAAGUUUAGCUGUUGUAAGCUCGUGUGUGUCAGGAUUGCAUGAAAGGUGGUGCUGUGUUAGUGCUUAGUCUCUUCAGCACAAGUAUAGGUGUCAGCAUGGAUGAAGAUGACUGCAAAAUUGGAGAUCUUUAGUUAUUAACACACUAAUAAAUAUGUUUAGCAUGCAGAAUGUAAAGUAACACUAGUCAUUCUCCCACGUUUAGAAAGGCGCUUCAGGCUUUUUAGUGUUAUGUUCCUCCUAAAUGACCUUUUUUAUUUAUUAGUCCGGGAUAUAUUAUAGGUUUAGCAUAUGAUUCAUGAAGGUCUUGUUCAUCCUUCCGACACAUUUGAUAUAAUUGACUGGGGGCAAUCAACAAUGUGUACAGCUAUACGUGGGGAUAGUUGCAUUUUUAUUUUUAGAAUGUUCAUACUGUUUAACAACCGUGAAAACUGAAAAGGAUGAUCUAAUCAUCAAUGCCUUCAUUUAUA